AUGCGUCAUAUCAUAAGAGCAAUUGAUGAAGAUGAUUGGACUACAGUAGAACAAGGAUGGAAAGCCCCAACCAUGAUCAUGGAUGACAAAUCUGAAGAGCCAAAACCGAAAGACAGUUGGUCUGAUGCUGAUAAAGCUGCUUCCAAGUAUAACUCAAAAGCACUCACCACAAUCUUUUCCGCUGUAGAUCUCAACAAAUUUAAGAUCAUACAAGGUUGUGAAUCAGCUAAAGAAGCUUGGGAUACUCUCAUCAACCACUUCGAAGGAAACACCAGCGUAAGGUGCAACAGGAUUGACCACUUGGCCUCUAAAUUUGAGAACUUACGUAUGGAAGAAGAUGAGACGAUUGGAAGCUUUAUCUCCAAACUCAGCUCAAUUGCGAAUGAAGCUUCGGUCCUUGGAAAGAAAUACAAUGAGAAAAAGCUGGUCAAGAAACUUCUCAGAUGUCUUCCACCUCGCUUUGAAGCUUACAAAGCUGUAUUGAAAAUUGUUGUCAAUACGGAUGAGAUGAAGUUUGAUCAAUUAGAUGGUAUUCUGAAAGUACACGACUUGGAACGUGUGGAUGAAUCAACCAAAGACCAGAAAGGUGUUGCCUUCUCUGCAGAAUCCAAAGAAGCUGAUCGUGUAAAGAAAAUUGAGGAAAACAUGGUGCUCAUGGCGAAAAACUUCAAUAAAAUGCUGAAAAGAGUUGAGAAAGGUCACAACCGCUCUACUCAGAGAUACCAAGGCAGAGACAGAGAUCGCUCCUCUCAGAGCAACAAAAAUGACUCUAGCCAAGGUAAUCGUCGGAAGGAACUGCAAUGCCAUGAAUGUGAGGGCUUUGGUCACUACAGAAAUAAGUGUCCUCUCACUAAGAGAAAGGAACUAAAAUGCAUAGAAUGCAAAGGAUAUGGUCACACAAGGAGUGAGUGCCCAAACAACCUCAAGAAGGACAAGUCACUGAUAUGCUUCAGCGACACUGAAUCUGAUGAUGAUAGUGAGAGUGAAGAACUCUUGCUGAAUUUCUCUGCUCAUGUCAAUACAUCUGAUGAGUCACACGAGCCUUUGAUAUAUGACGAGUCUCACAAAUCUCCAUCUAGCUCUGAGUCGGACUCAGAAACUGAAGCUGACCCUGAGAAAGAAGGUACUGAACUGAAAGCAGAGUACCAAAGUCUCUUCGACAAGUUCACUGAACUAAGUCUUGAGAAUCUGCAGCUGAUCAAAGACCGAGCAAUGCUGAAAGCUCAAGUAAACAUACUAGAGCUGGAACAGACUGAAAACAACUCUGACUCAGAAAAAAACAUCACUACAGGAGCUGAUAAGGAAGAUCUUAAUGACCUCAGGAAAACCAUUUCAGACCAGGCGUACUCCUUAAAAAUCCUAGAAGGUCUUGGAUUUCAAGGAAAACCCUCCAAGUUGGGUGACAUCAGCGAAGGAAUAACGUUUGUCAAAAGCUCUGACGUAACCAAGAGCCCUGAACCUGAGAAGAAUGAAUCCGUUAAACAAAUAUCUCAACCGUUGACUCAGAAACUCCCAACCAAGAGAAGAAAUGGGUGUCUGUUCUGCUGCAAGCCUGGUCAUAGGGUUUCUAACUUUUUAUACCCGAAUUUCAAGAACCGAGAACCCACUAAGUCAAGAGAGAUACUGGAGUCAAUAACUUCGCCUUCCUCACUACAGAGACCUGGAAAGGAAAUUGUGUGCAAUCUAGAAUUUGCUCGAGUCUGCAAAUUUGAAACAGACAAAGAUAUGUUACUCUCUGGCAGCGAUGAGUCACACACUGAUGAAUUAGAUGAAGAAGAUCUAUUUGAGAACGACUUCACUCAGAUCCUAAGUAACGUUGCAUACACCACUUCAGAAAGCUCAGGCCAGGAGGAAACAUCCUGGUACUUCGAUAGUGGCUGCUCAAGACACAUGACCGGAACUGCAGAUUACUUAGAAAAAGUUCAAGAGAUCACUAGUGGAAAGGUUACAUUCGGAGACGGAGGUCAAGGUAAGAUCAGUGCCAUUGGUAAUACUGAGAGAUCAGAUCUUCCUCGACUCAUUAAUGUAUACCUAGUAGAUGGUCUAAAGGCUAACCUUAUCAGUGUGAGCCAGCUCUGUGAUGAAGGUCUGCGAGUUAUCUUUGAUAAAAGAGAAUGUCAAGCCCUCGAUGACAAGAACAAUAUCAUCCUCUGUGGUUACAGAUCAGCUAAUAACUGCUAUAUGUGGAAACCCUCAAACCAGUGUAUGACAGCCAAAGGGUCCCAGCUUGAACUAUGGCACAAAAAACUGGGACACAUGAACACUCAUGGGCUAUCAAGACUUGUACGAGCUGAAGUAAUCCGAGGGGUCCCUCCUCUUGAAGAUCAUACGGACAGUGUGUGUGGAGCUUGCUGUCAAGGCAAGCAAGUCAAAGUACAACACAAACAGGUUUCUCAAACUAACUCGAAAGGAAUUCUUGAGUUGGUACAUAUGGACCUUAUGGGACCAAUCACUCCGAGCAGUGUAGCUGGGAAACAAUACAUCUUUGUACUUGUGGAUGACUUCUAUAGAUUCACAUGGGUCAGAUUUCUGAAGAACAAAUCAGAUGCGAUAGACAGCUUUCGAAUACUGGCACUGCAGCUCAAACAGAAGAAGAGAGGAAUCUGUCAGAUAAGAAGUGACCACGGUGGAGAAUUUUAG